GAGCGCUGCGCCUGCGCGGGGACGGCCGGGCCGGGCUGCAGCGGGAGCACGGCCCCUCCUCCGGCACUGCCCGCCGCCGCCAGCGUCUGACGUUCCCUUGCAUCCCGUUCCCAAACACCGGCCCUGAUCCCCCCUGCAUCCCAGCCCCAAACACGGGCCCUGAUCCCCUCUUCAUCCCAUCCCCAAAUACGGGCCUGAUCCCCCCUUCAUCCCAGCCCCAAAGACGGGCCCUGAUCCCCUCUGCAUCCCAUCCCCAAACACGGGCCCUGAUCCCCCCCUUCAUCCCAGCCCCAAACACAGGCCCUGAUCCCCCCCUGCAUCCCAGCCCCAAACACGGGCCCUGAUCCUCCCCUGCAUCCCAUCCCCAAACAUGGGCCCUGAUCCCCCCCUGCAUCCCCAAACAUGGGCCCUGAUCCCCCCCUGCAUCCCAGCCCCAAACAUGGGCCCUGAUCCCCCCUUCAUCCCAGCCCCAAACAUGGGCCCUGAUCCCCCCCUGCAUCCCAGCCCCAAACAUGGGCCCUGAUCCCCCCCUGCAUCCCAGCCCCAAACACGGCCCCUGAUCCCCCCUUCAUCCCAGCCCCAAACAUGGGCCCUGAUCCCCCCCUGCAUCCCAGCCCCAAACAUGGGCCCUGAUCCCCCCCUGCAUCCCGUCCCCAAACACGGGCCCUGAUCCCCCCCUGCAUCCCCAAAUACGGGCCCUGAUCCCCCCCUGCAUCCCAGCCCCAAACAUGGGCCCUGAUCCCCCCCUGCAUCCCAUCCCCAAACAUGGGCCCUGAUCCCCCCACUGCAUCCCAUCCCCAAACAUGGGCUCUGAUCCCCCCUUCAUCCCAGCCCCAAACACGGCCCUGAUCCCCCCCUUCAUCCCAGCCCCAACCAUGGGCCCUGAUCCCCCCUUCAUCCCAUCCCCAAACAUGGGCCCUGAUCCCCCCUUCAUCCCAGCCCCAAACACGGCCCUGAUCCCUCCCUUCACCAUUACCCCUAACAUACACCCCACAUGCUAGAGAUGGCCCCCAGUGCCUCCCUGCCCCGCCAUGCCCCAGCAUGUCUCUCGGGCCUCCCUCUCCCCACAGACAGGGAUGUGCCCUCCCCGUGCAGCAGCAGGGGCAGUGGGGCAGGUGGGAGGUGGCUGUCACUGCUGUCUGCCCGUCCUGUGCCCCAAAGGCAGCUCACCGUGGGUCCAGUGUGGGACCUCCCAGCACCCCCUCUCCAUCCCAUCCCAUCCCAUCCCAUCCCAUCCCAUCCCAUCCCAUCCCAUCCCAUCCCAUCCCAUCCCAUCCCAUCCCAUCCCAAUCUCCAGCUGGUGGGAUCAACCCCUCCAAUGCCCCCCUUAGGCACCCACCACCCUUCACAGGACCCCCAGCACCACCUCCCUUGGCCAGUAAGUGCGCACCCCAGCUUUCCCCAUGUCCUCAAACUUUGUCUUACCCUUAAAGCAUCUGCAGGCAGGAGCCACCUCGGGCGCUGCUGCUGGGACACCCUCCCAAAGGGCUGCAGGGACACGCCAGUCCUGGAGUAAGGACAGCAGCAGCAACCAGCAGGCCAGAGCAGCCCUGCCAGGGCUCAGCUCGACCUCUCAGGCCAUUCCUGCCUCAGAACAGUGACAGCAGGACAGUUAGACACUGUGGUGGCCUGACACAGCGCCCUGCCGUGCACAACUCCCCUUGCUUCCCAGAGGAAUUAGGCUCUUCAGUGCAGCUCAUGUCCCACAUUUUGGAUAUUCCAGGAAGCCAUAGCUCUCACCCAGGUUUUCUGUGCUCCCACAGAGCUCAGCUGUGCACCCUCUGCAUCCCCCCGCUCUGUGCAGCUUUGAGACCUGACCUGCAGAGGUCACCAUCAGACAAGGACAUUGCCCACCCACCUGGUCGUAUCCCCUCACAUCCCACAGCCCGUUCCCAAAACUGGGGUUGUCCUCUGGAUACAGCUCCUAUGGCCAGCAGGACUUGGUGGGCUGCAAGUGUCAAACAGCAGCAGAGCCAGACCAGUGGUGUACCAAGAGCUGCUCCUCCUCUUUCUCCUCCUCCUUGUGCGGUCUCACCAUCAGGCAAAACCAACUUCCUGGCCUUGCACAGAGCUCCUCACCAGCCGGUAGGAAAGAGCUGCUGGUCUGAAGGGAGGAGCUCAGAGAGCCUUGUCCAGAAUGCUCCAGGUGGUCCUUAGCAAGGAGGCAAGCACACAGGAAAGCAUCCACUGAAGGAAGAUGAUGCAUCUGGAGGGGAGAGAUGCUGUAGUGAGACACCUUCGGGCAAAGUUCCAACAGAACAGGAAAGAGCCUCCUGCAGUGGGUGGUAGGCCAGAGAGUCACCCUGCAGCCUCUCAUGGACCAGAGCCAGGACAGACCCCUGCCAUGGCCUCCAAGGCUGAUCCUCCUCAGGAGCCCCCCUGGAGCAGGAGGGUGGACUGCAGCAGGGCCUCUCCAUCUCACAGUACAGGUCAGAGCUUGGGACAGCAUUCACCUCAUUCUGCCUGUGACACUCUGGCACAAAUGGCGUGUCGGAAGAAGGGGACAGUUCAAGAUGUCAGCUUCCACCCAGUGCCUGCAAAGCCAGGAGGAGAUGUGUUGAGCAAGAAGGUGGAAGGCAGCUCUGAUCCUCCCUACAGGAAGCCAGCCCAGCAGACACGGCCACCUGCCAAAGCCAAGGGGGCUCCAGCGGUUGUUGCCAAAGGCGCGGCUGUUGCAGACCCCCUGCUCGCUGUGGGAAGCCCCCAAAGGAGAGAGCACCCAGCUCUGCCCCAGAGGAAGCCUUUGCCACACAUCAGGGCACUGGGAGUGAAGCCAGGCAAGCCUCGGCGCCCUGCUGAUGUGGAUUUGGCAAAGUUCAGAGCAGCUGCACAUCCUGGGACAGCCUGUCCUGCCACAGAACCACCAAGGCGUGCUCAGCUGGAUCACCUUCAACCAGGCUGUGCUGCAGCAGUGCCUGCACGGUUCCCACUGCAGGGUGCUCCCGGUGGCACGGGGGGUGAGGAUGAGAUAUACGAUGAUGUUGAGCCCGUUGGGCUGGCCAGGAGAAGCCCAGGCCUUGUGCUGCCUUCUGUGUCCCAGCUGCCAGUGAAUCCCUGCCCCAGAGGAGGUGGAAAUGCUGGCCGAGCCUCUAACAGGGGAACCUUGCUGGCACCUACACAGAGAGAAUCCCAGGUCUCCCAGAAGAUGAACACCAUGACACUCAGGGCAUGCAAGAAGGAGGAGAAGAUGGACAGGGAGUUUCAGAAGAAAUUCAAGUUCGAGGGCAGCAUCAAUGUCCUCACUCGGAUGAUGGUCGAUCCCGCAGCAACAGAGAAGAGGGGCGGAGCGAAGAACCUGCCAGUGAGACGGGGAGAAAUCCUUGAUGUCAUUCAGUUCACAAAUCAGGAGCAAAUCCUCUGCCGGAACAGCCAGAGGAGGUAUGGCUACGUGCCCCGGGCUGUGAUGCUGCCUCUGGACAGUGACAUCUAUGAUGAUGUUGAGAUUAAUGGCUGAGCCAACCAUGCUGAGGCCAAAGGCAUGAGACAGCACCAGAGAGACCUUCCCAAGGGCUGGAACAUGAACAGCUCUGGACACCAGGCUCCUUUGGAGGAGCUGUGCUUCCUCUGAGACAGACUGCAAACCCACUGCUGAGCACGGGGGGUGCACAGAGCCUGUCCUACAGGCCAGGGGGCCCCAGAUCCUCAAGUCACACAUUCACUGUAGCUCUGUUUUGUCUGUGUAAAAUAUGCAAUGGUUCAAGAGAG